GAAGUCUGUGCUUUGCCACACACGGUGAGGGCCAGGCUUCUGAGGAAAGGAAAGUGAAAGUAACUGGGCAGACCGCGCAGAGCUAAAGGCAAGGCCGCACGCGGUGCCUGCAGCCUCCCUCCACCUCCGGAAGCUCGUGCCACACCCGAGGGAUCCAUCAAUGGGCAAACUUCCUUGUCAGAGCUCCUGGAAAGGACAGAGGCAGUGAAAAUCUAAUCAAGAGUGAUCUUAGGCCAGCUCUAUGGCCUAAGGAGAAGAUGGCAAGUGCAGGUACCCCCCUCAGCUGCAGAAUGAUCGCAGGGGACCAGAACCCAGAGGAGCAGAACCCAGAGGUGCAGUUUUUCUAUGAGUUCAUAUUCAGGCUCUUCAAAGAAAAUAAGGUGGAGAUUGCAAGUGCAAUAACAAAGCCGUUUCCUUUCCUCAUGGGCCUCCGAGAUCGGGGCUUCAUCCCUGAGCAGAUGUACAAGCAUUUUCAAGAAGCUUGUGGAAAUCUGGUCCCGGUGGAAAGAGUGGUGUAUGAUGCUCUCAGUGAACUGGAGAAGAAAUUUGACAAGACAAUUCUGGAUGCCCUGUUCAGCAGAGUUAACCUGAAGGCCUAUCCUGAUUUACUUCAGAUUUGCAGAAACUUCCAAAAUGUGAUUCAUGAAAACUUCCAUUACCAAAGUGUUGGUGAAGGAGAGACAAAGGAGACAUUCAACUUACAAUUAAACCGUGAACAAGUGUCCUUGGAACAGUCACCUCUCCAAAUGAACAAUGUAAUAAGGUUAGAAGAUGUACCCAGCUUACUGCCAUAUGACAGACGAGGGAACAACAGUGCCUGGUGGGAGAUCUGUGAUGGAGAAGAGCUCCAGGGAACCUCGAACUUCCCACCGAGAUGUGACCUGGUUUCCUGUGAGCACAAAGCUCUUCAAAGGACAAACGAAGGCAAGUCUGAAGAGAUUCCCAAACUGCAAGCAGUGACCUAUUAUCCCAAAGCUCCCCAAAUGACUCACGAAGGAAAACCCAAGGAGGUGCUCAGCCUACUACCAGUAGAGGGAGAAGAGUACAACAAUGCCUGUUGGGAGGUCUGCGACAAAGAAGAGCCCCAGGAAGCCUUGAGCUCCCCACCAAGAUGUGGGCCAGUGUCCUGUGAUCCUGAAGCUUCCCAAAUGACCAAUGAAGAAGAACCAGAGGAGCUGCCUAGUCAACCACUAUGUGAUGGAGAAGAAGGAAGCAGUACCUGUUCAGAAAUGUGUGAUGAAGAAGAACCCCAGGAAUCUUUGAGCUCACUACCAAAAAGGGGAGCAGUAGCAGAGCUACCAACAUCUGGAAAUGGGAAGUGUUCCUGUGUUAUGUGUUUCUCAAAAGACGUGCCAGGAGGUCCAGAAGGAAGUACUGAAAGUAAAGAAGCUAGUGACAUGAUGGAUACUGUGGAUCUUGGAAACAACUCUACUUUGGGAAAACUCAAGAGGAAAAGAAAAAAAAAGAAAGGGCAUUCCUGGACAAGAGUAAAAAUGAAAUAUCAGAGAAACAUACAUCAAAAAGACAACAGCAACGCUGCUGGCCAACUGGCCUCGAGUGGAAAGAAGGUGAAAAUGCAUCUGCAGGACCCUAUCAAAAUCAGGCGGAGAAGGAGAGGCAGACAGAGACUCCACUUAACUCAUAGUGGCAGAGUCCUACAGAAAAAAGUUAAGUCAAGAGGGCAAAGAAAGCACAGAAAUGAAAAAGUGGAUUUUCACUCUCAGAUACUUCCUGUGACCUGUGGUAAGGUGAAGGGGAUGUUACAUAAGAAGAAAUUGGAAGAAGGAGUUUUGGUGAAGUGUAUACAGAGUGAGAAUGGAGACUGGUUCACUCCCAGGGAAUUUGAAAUCAGAGGAGGCCACGAAAGAUCCAAGAACUGGAAGAUAAGUGUUCGCUGUAGUGGGAUGCCCCUACGUUGGCUGAUCGAGAAAAGAUUUCUCCAUAACCCUCCAAGGAAAUAUGGCAGGAUAAGAAAGAAAGGAGUACCGAAGUCUCCCGACAAUACUUUAGAUAACCUUUGUCUGGGAAACUCAGAUGUGUGUGAGACGUGCCGGGAUGGAGGAAAGCUGUUUUGCUGUGAUACUUGUUCGAGAUCUUUUCAUGAGGACUGUCACAUCCCACCUGUGGAAACUGAGAGGAGCCCGUGGAGUUGCACUUUCUGCAGGAUGAAGGAGUCUUCUGGAAGCCAGCAGUGUCUCGGGGAAUCUGGGGUUUUGGCAAGGCAGAUGCAGCCCGAGGAGCAGUUGAAAUGUGAGUUCCUCCUCUUGAAGGUCUAUUGUCAUACAGAGAGCACCUUUUUUGCGAAGAUUCCAUACUACUAUUAUAUUAAAGAGGCUUCUGAAAACCUAAAGGAACCCAUGUGGUUGGACAAGAUCAAGAAGAAGCUGAAUGAGCAGGGUUACUCCCACGUGGAGGGGUUUGUGCAGGACAUGCGCCUCAUCUUUCAGAACCACAGGGCAUCUUACAAGUUCAAUGACUUUGGCCUAAUGGGACUUAGACUGGAGGCAGAAUUUGAGAAGAAUUUCAAGGAAGUGUUCACUAUUCAGGAAACAAAUGAGGACAGUUCACUGGAAUAGUGGAUGUUGUUGGUGUCCUGGAAAACCCCUUUUGAAGCAGACUUCUCAUCCCCCAGCCGCAUGGAAGGCUGGCUGCUGACGCCGCCCCUCCCCAGAGCAUUGCCUUCAGCCAAAUGGAGCCAGCUUCACCUGGAGGGUUACACUUCCUUGGCCUGGGGGCCAGCCUCCAGUGCCAAGGUGGACUCAACCUUGUGUUACGAUUCAUGCUCCUGUGUUCCUCAUGAGAUCAGGCUGGAGCUAGUCUGUGGCUUUAAUCAUAUCCUUGCUUGGCUUUUCCUACCAUCCUGCUUCCCUCCCCCCUUUCUCCCAAAGAAACUCACAAUAAAUCACUUACUUAAGAGACUUUA